CAAGUAAAUUUUCUCCCUUUCAUAUCCCAAAUUAAAAUGACUUGUUUACCCCGUUGAAAACUAAAAUUUCAAAAUACUACCCCAAUAAUUUGGUGUCACACAGAUUCAUCCACCACAAUUCUACUUUGGAUCCACUUCUUCAACUUCUCUCCAUAACUUGGCUGCAGAGAAUAAGAGCUAUCUGAGAGAUUGUUGUGUUAGAUCCAAAGCAAAAAUGGGAUUCUUGAUUACAACUCUAAUUUUUGUUGCAAUUGGUGUUAUUGCAUCUCUGUGCGCCAGAAUCUGUUGCAAUAGAGGCCCUUCUACUAAUCUGUUACAUCUAACAUUGAUUAUCACGGCGACUGUCUGCUGUUGGAUGAUGUGGGCGAUUGUAUAUCUUGCACAGCUGAAACCACUCAUUGUUCCAGUUUUGAGCGAAGCGGAAUGAAUACAUUGUGCUUGGAAUUCUGGAGGAUGUUGAUAGUUACUUGAGAUUGCUGGACCCUAAGUAUUCUUCUCUCAGGUUCUUUGUAAACUUCAAAUUUAUUUUGUAUAUUAUUCACCUCUUAUAAGAUUGUUCUUUAUGAACCACCAUUAUAUCCUCAGCCAACCUUGGCUGAGGACCAGAAAUAUGUAUUUUUGAUUGGACUGAGUGUUGGAUCGAGGGUGAUAAAUAAUCAAAUGGCUGUAUGCUUCUGCAACAA